AGUUUCUGGAGAUGUUUGUGGGUGUGGGACCGGCGCGAGUACGCGAUCUUUUUGCAGAGGCCAAGAAGCACACACCGUGCAUCAUCUUCAUCGAUGAAAUAGACGCCAUCGGCCGAGAGAGGGGCAAGGCGGGCCAGUUUGGUGGUCACGACGAGCGGGAGAGCACACUCAAUCAGCUGUUAGUGGAGAUGGAUGGGUUCACGCCUACCACUAACAUUGUGGUGUUUGCUGCCACCAACCGUGUGGAUGUGUUGGACAAGGCGUUGCAACGUCCCGGACGCUUUGAUCGGCAGAUACAAGUGGACGCACCGGACAUCAAGGGACGCAACUCACUGUAUAAGCUGUAUCUGAAGAAGAUCAAGACAGGCGAGUGGGACCCGGAAAAAUUGUCCCGGACUUUGGCGGCCCUAACACCCGGGUUCACGGGUGCAGACAUUGCCAAUGUGUGCAACGAAGGCGCAUUAAUCGCUGCCAGAGACGCGCAGGACUCAGUCACGGCCAAACACUUUGAAAUGGCCAUUGAACGCGUGAUAGCCGGCAUGGAGAAGAAGUCCAGGGUGCUGAGUGUGCAAGAGAAGACUACCGUGGCGUAUCACGAGGCAGGCCACGCUAUAACAGGUUGGUUUCUGGAGCAUGCAGACCCUUUGCUGAAAGUGUCAAUCAUCCCCAGAGGCAGUGCGGCAUUGGGCUACGCCCAGUACCAGCCACAGGAGCACUUCUUGUACACAGAAGAACAGCUACUCGACAGUAAGUGCAGGGGUGUGCUAUAA